AUGCCGCUUACUACGGCGUUGGUGGUGCGCGGCGGCGGUGGUGGUGGCGGUGGCGUAGCAGGCGCGUGCGUAGGCGCGUUCGAUUACGGGGUUUGGCUGGUGCGAUGGGACGGAAGUAGGCAUGGGCUGGUCGACUGUUCAAGGUUCCACGCGCGUUGUGCCAAGAGCGUUAGGAAGCUGUACCGCGACGCCAAGGUCCGGAGGGGGGGCUUGGGCGUUGGCGGCCGAGGAGAUGAUGCCUCGAGCCUGCGCGAUCUCGGCCUCCCGAUGCCAGAAGACUACGUGCAGGGCUUAAUGGGUAUCUGGGCCGCCACCGAGAGCGACAUCGUGUAUCUGACGGAGCUUAACGCGGACAAGAUGGUUGCGCCGGAGGAGGUGCGGCGGCGGCGGAGGCGGCGAGGGCGGCGGAAAGGGAGAAGAAGAAGAUGA